UUUCUGAUUUGGAUAGUGAAACAACAUCGGCGCAAAGUUCUAAUAGCAUAGAAUUACAAGAAUCUACUUUAUUAAUUAAAGACAUAUUUGCAAUUUAUUUACAACUUUCAAUUUGUUGGA